AUGGCUUCCAAUUCGAGCAUUCAGACACCCCUGACGGAGUUAUUGGGGAUUAAACACCCGAUUAUUCUGGCCGGAAUGGCGAGGGCCUCCUCGGGCGCAUUAGCUGCGGCAGUCUCUAAUGCUGGAGGCUUGGGCGUCAUUGGGGGACUCAACUAUUCGCCUCAACAGCUCCAAGAGAUCAUCAACGAGCUCAAGGCACACUUGACUGACAAAACCCUUCCCUUCGGGGUGGACUUGGCUCUUCCUAAAAUCGGCGGAGGGGCUCGGAAGACCAACUAUGAUUACACCAAGGGGAAGUUAGACGAGUUAAUUGAUGUGGUCAUUCGCAACGGCGCAAAGCUUUUCGUUUCAGCUGUGGGCAUCCCUCCUCCGCAUAUUAUCGAACGGCUCCAUGCAUCUAAGAUAUUGAUUAUGAAUAUGGUCGGCGCACCAAAACAUGCCAAGUAUGCCUUGGAUGCCGGUGUCGACCUCAUCUGUGCUCAAGGAGCGGAGGGUGGCGGCCAUACAGGAUCAAUUGCAACCUCGAUCUUGAUCCCGGCGGUCUGUGACGUCGUGAGAGACUUCCGCUCCCCCAUGACGGGACAGGUUCCUUUAGUAGUUGCAGCAGGAGGAAUCAGAGACGGUCGGUCUCUUGCCAGCGCCCUAAUGCAGGGAGCCGCGGGAGUGUGGGUAGGCACUCGAUUUCUGGCUUCCGUUGAGAGCGGCGCCAGCGAGAUACACAAGACGGAGGUCGUCACUGCAACAUUUGAGGACACGGUCACGACUUUAGUCGUCAGUGGUAGACCGAUGAGGGUUAAGGCAAAUGAAUACAUUAAGGCAUGGGAACGACAGCCAGCGAAAAUUAAAGAACUAACCGAGGCCGGCAUCGUUCCUUACACGAAAGAUAUGGAGGAUGGUAAUGAGGAUGCCGACCGACCAUUCCUAAUGGGUCAAGUGGCUGCCGUCAUCGACGAUAUCAAGCCAGCCUCUCAGAUUGUCGAGGGUAUGGUGAAGGAAGCCAGCCAAUGUAUAAGGCGAGGGGCUAGUUUCCUGGUUGCUGGUGCAAAGUUGUAG